AUGGCUACCGAAAUAAAAUGCAAAGAAUUAAUAAAGAAACGCGCUUCAAUUAAGGCGAAACUUACACAGUUUAUUGCUUAUUUAAAUACUGCUAAAACUUGCGAACGACUUAGUGAUUCGCAGUUAGUGGAAUUAGACAUGCGCAUUAAAAAAUUAGAUGAUUCGUACAAUUCUUUUGAUAAUUACCAGAGCGAAUUGGAGAUGCUGGUUGAGGAUCCUGCUGAGCAGUAUGCUGAGCGCGAGCUGUUCGAGCGGUCUUACUACAAAGAGAUUGCCGCCGCUCGGGAGCUGGUGGACAGGCAUCGCAGCCAACACGCCAAGGAGGUUCAAUCCGAGGUAGGCUCCAAUGAAUGCCCAACGGUAGUGUCUAAUAAACACGGUAAUGUAAGGUUGCCAAAAAUCAAUUUACCACAUUUCAGCGGCGGCUAUCAGAAUUGGCUGGAGUUUAAAGACAUUUAUGUUUCCUUAAUUCAUACUGAGACAAGUAUCGACAACAUAAACAAGUUUCACUACCUGCGCGCCUCUCUUCAUGGAAGCGCGGCCUUGGUGAUUAGGAGUUUAGACUUUAAGGGCGAUAACUACGAUGCCGCUUGGAAGCUCCUUUGUGAACGAUACGACAAUAAACAGUUGCUUGUCAACAAUCACGUCCAGGCACUGUUUAAUGUUGAGCAAGUGCAUAAAGAGUCCAGCGUGGCGUUGCGACAGAUUGUUGACAACACAAAAAAGAAUUUAAAUGCUUUAGCGACUCUUGACCAGCCAGUACAACACUGGGAUACAUUAAUUAUCCACAUCAUGGCAGCAAAUUAG